UGCUUCCCGUGAGCCUCUGCUCCCGGCCCCCAGGGCGCAUGCUCCCUACCCAGCAGUCCUCGCGCGGCCCGGAGGAGCGGACAGCCAGGGCUUCAAGAUGGCGUCAAUUGUACCACUGAAGGACAAGAAGCUCCUGGAAGUCAAACUAGGGGAGCUGCCAAGCUGGAUACUGAUGCGGGAUUUCACCCCUAAAGGCAUUGCUGGAGCGUUUCAAAGAGGUUACUACCGGUAUUACAACAAGUACAUCAACGUGAAGAAAGGGAGCAUCGCUGGGCUUUCUAUGGUGCUUGCAGCUUACAUGCUUUUCAACUACUGCCGUUCUUACAAGGAACUCAAACACGAGCGGCUACGCAAGUACCACUGAAGAGGGCGCACUCUGCAUUCCUGACCAUGACCUUUGCCUGGCACCCCUGAAUCCUUUUAUAUCCUAGUGGAGAAUUAACACCCAAUAAAAGAUGACUGGUAUGCGGA